GACUGGGACUUACUAUCUAGUUCCUGUGGAAUGCAGAGGAGUUUCCUGUGUAGAGCGGAGAACAGCGAUGAGCAGUGUGUGUGUGCAUGAGUGCUUUCGGAAAGCACGCAUGGAGGAAAGGACUGAAUUUGCUCUGUCUGUAAAUAGAUCAUGUAAAUAAAGUUGUUUGCCGUUGGACUACCAUCUGAACCCUCAUCUACUGGAGUGAGUUUGUCCAGUGCUGUUUUCCACACGGGGAAACAGUCUGGAGAGAAGGAGGUGAACCGGGAUGGUGAAUUUUUGGAUUUCACUCUGCUACCCAUCAUCCCCGCUGAAAUGAUAGCGUUUGAGGGGUACAGCUGCUGCUCGUUCUAUUCCUGAUGAACUCGAGUGUCCAGUUCCAGGCAAAACGGAAGGUACCGGGCUCAAAGGCAGCAGUGCAAGUCUUGCAAGAGAAGAGUGUUGAUUUUGGACAAUCCAGGACUUGGCUGCCAAUAAAGAAAGUUAAUGUCUGUGCAUUUUCUAAGUCCUGCUCCCAUGGAAGCAGCAGACUCUCAGCCUUCAAUGGACAAACAUCCUGAGCUUAUCGUUUAUCUUUACAUGCACACAAUGCAGGUGGUCUCGGUAGUUGCCUGGCUUGGGAAAUAGCCAGAGGGUUCGAUAACAACGUGAGUCUCUUAUCUCCCCAAAAUUGGGGGGCUUGGAUCUUUGGAGUCCGAUUUACCCUGCCGUAUUAUGCAGUUUGGAAUGGUCAGUUUAGGCUCAUAUAAAGCAGUUUAACUGCAUUGCAUUAAAUGAGUCCAGACUGACCGUAUGAAAUGGAGAUAUAGAUGGGGCCCAAGGGUCCGUGGUCCUAGGGAGAGAGAAAGACAAGCUCCAAAACAACAGCCACGUGAACAGCAGGCCUCUUGCGCCACUCAAGCCUUUGGUCUUGUGGAGAAAGAGGAAACGACCAGAGUAGCCAAUGAGAAUCCCGCUGGCCACGGAGGGGCUUGACCCCCUCCCCAAUAUAAAGGCAUCGGGGCAAAGUGGACGAGGCAUCUCCUACCGAAGCCACAUCUUCUCGGAGCAUCCUGCGAAAGAAGUCUCUUCUGCCUGGAGCAUCCCUUGGUGUGUUGGUCUCCACAAUGAGGCUUUUCGAAGGGCCCGGCCUCCUUCUCUUGGUGUUUCUGGCUGUUUUGGUCUCAGUCUCCGAAAUCGAUGCGUCCCGCCAACCUCCUGGGGUCAAGGAGAGGUACAUUCACUUCCUGAACCAGCAUCGGGACUCCAACCCAAAGCCCGGAAACACGUACUGCAACAAAAUAAUGGAUAUAAGAGGCUUGACCAGGCCCAACUGCAAGGAAAAGAACAGCUUCAUCCACGCCAGCGAUACGGCCAUCAAAGCCGUGUGCGGAGACCGAGGGGAGCCCUAUGGCACCAUGCGCCUGAGCUGCGACGCCUUCCGCGUCACCACCUGCAACAUGAAAGGAGGGUCGACCCGCCCGCCCUGCGACUACAGGCAAGACAACCGGCCCCGAUAUAUCGUCAUUGCUUGCGAGCAAGGCUAUCCGGUCCACUACGACGAAGGCAAGGUCAUCAUAAACCGACCCCAGCCGUGUCGGAGAUAAACCGGCCAGCAUUCCUCUCCCAUUGUGCCCAUUUCUCCUGCAGCUUCUUCUGUCUUUUGUCAUUGCAGCUUUCAUCAUAGACAAGUAGGCAUGCGUUCUGUUCUUACCCUUCUCUAACUCUGACUCCCCUAUCAAAGUGUGCCGGCUUUUAUGCCAGAGAAACAAAUACAUCUUGCUUUGAAGCAUUGCAAACUC